GGCAGCUGCAUUCCCUACAGAGGCCCAUCAGGCAGGAAGAGCUGCCAUCGCAUCUGUGCAGCAGCAGAUUCUGUUCUGAAUGAUACUUGGAGGGGUUGCCAUGGUUACACAUCCCAUUGGUCUGUCACCUUCGCUGUCCUAGGGAGCACAUCCCCUCCCUUAUCCAAGCUGCAAUCAGUCCUACCUUCAGGUGGCCAUCUGUGGGUCUUCCUGGCUAUCCCCUGUGCCUUGACUGGUGUUUCUGCACUGGAGGUCCUGCUGUCUCAAAUCCGAUCCAGUGGUGUUUGGUUGGAGCCCCCAGCUUUGGCCAUGAGUAGGGAGGGGCAAGUGUUAGUCUUGGUCUGAGCAAGUAUGGGGUUGCUUUGUAGGACCUGGGGCUUCCCUGCUGGAACGGUGCAAAUAAGGACGAGUGUGUCUACUGAAAGCAGCUCCAGGUCAGGAGAAAGUCGGUGCGGUGGGGAGCAAAUGGACCUUGGCAUUCUGGGAUGGGUCACAGACAUUUUUAGUCAGAGAAAGCUUCCUAGAGAAGGUAAACAAAACAAAAAACAAACAAGCAAAAAAACCAGAAAGGCUGCCUAAGAGGGAUAGUGGGUGCUGCAGGUUCCCAGCUAUGGCCUACUGGGAAAAGCUUCUGCAGCUCAUAGUGCAAGAGCUGUAGGCUGGCGGUGGUUCUGGGUCGCGCCGUUCGGUGGGGGACGGGUUAUACCCAGGCAGUGCGUCGAGUUGGGGCCGCGCGUGCGCGUGCAGGGUAUGCGCGUGCUCUGGCUGUGUGCGCGCUGGGCUGGCAUCUCGGUGACGCUGUCUGAGCUCCAGGAGCGCAGAGCAGAGCAGACGGAGCGGGCCGGCCGGGGCGGAGCGGAGCGGUCCGCAGAGCAGCCCCUCCCGGCCUCGGCCGACCCCGGCCCUAGGCCCGGCUCUAUGGACAGGAGCUCGCUGCUGCAGCUCAUUCAGGAGCAGCAGCUGGAUCCUGAGAACACAGGCUUCAUCGGUGCGGACACCUUCGCUGGUCUGGUACACAGCCAUGAGUUGCCCCUGGACCCCACCAAGUUGGACAUGUUGGUGGCUCUGGCUCAGAGCAACGAGAGGGGCCAGGUCUGCUACCAGGAGCUGGUGGACCUGGUCAGUGCCAUGAUCAGCAGCAAGCGCUCCAGCAGCUUCAAGAGAGCCAUUGCUAACGGACAGCGGGCACUGCCCCGGGAUGGACUGCUAGAUGAGCCAGGCCUGGGCAUCUACAAACGGUUUGUGCGAUAUGUGGCCUACGAGAUCCUGCCCUGUGAGGUGGACCGCCGCUGGUACUUCUACAGGCACCGCACCUGCCCACCCCCUGUGUUCAUGGCCUCGGUCACCCUUGCCCAGAUCAUCGUGUUCCUGUGCUACGGGGCACGGCUCAACAAGUGGGUGCUCCAGACCUACCACCCCGAAUACAUGAAGAGCCCUCUGGUCUAUCACCCAGGACACCGUGCUCGGGCCUGGCGCUUCCUCACCUACAUGUUCAUGCAUGUCGGGCUGGAGCAGCUAGGGUUCAAUGCCCUGUUGCAGCUGAUGAUCGGGGUGCCCCUGGAGAUGGUACACGGCGUGCUUCGCAUCAGCCUGCUCUACCUGGCAGGUGUGCUGGCAGGCUCCCUGACUGUCUCUAUCACAGAUAUGCGUGCCCCCGUGGUAGGGGGCUCUGGAGGGGUCUAUGCCCUGUGCUCGGCACACCUGGCCAAUGUUGUCAUGAACUGGGCUGGGAUGCGGUGUCCGUACAAGCUGCUGCGGAUGGUGCUGGCUCUGGUGUGCAUGAGCUCCGAAGUGGGCCGGGCUGUGUGGCUACGCUUCUCCCCACCACUGCCUGCCUCAGGCCCACAGCCUAGCUUCAUGGCACACCUGGCUGGUGCAGUGGUAGGUGUAAGCAUGGGCCUUACCAUCCUUCGAAGCUAUGAGGAGCGCCUGAGGGACCAGUGCGGCUGGUGGGUGGUGCUACUUGCCUAUGGCACCUUCCUGCUUUUCGCCAUCUUCUGGAACGUCUUUGCCUAUGACCUGCUGGGUGCCGAUAUCCCCCCUCCACCUUGACCUGCUCCUUAGGGCCGUAUGGCUUGAGCUAGGCCUUCAGUGGGUCAGCCACCAGGUGGGCCUGCAUGUCUGCCCUCUAGGAAUGGACCUCUUGGCUGCUUUUCCCCACGGGGGGACAGGGGGGCCCUGUGAUCCCCCCAGCUGAAGCCAAGUCUUACUGCAGCCCUUGCUGCCCCUCCCAGGCCUUUCCAGGGGGAGGGGUGCUGCUAGGCCAGGGCUGGGUGGAGGACCUUGAAUGUGGCCCUAGAGGAGCUCCCUUCCCUCCCCACCGACCCCUCCCAGGACUUGCAGUCUGAGCCUUUUUGGAGAAUGAAUAAAUAUUUUACACAGCA